CUACAGAGAAACAGAGAAACAGAGAUAGAAUCGUCCGCCCUCGCCGCCGCCUUCCCGCCUUCCUGCCGGGCGCACUUUCCUACUUUUGUUCCACCUCCCAACCCUCGCACCUGCCGCCUCUCUCUCCCCUAAACUCCGGCAUGCUGUUGUCUUGUUGUCUAUCUGUCUUGCUGUCACCCAUUACGCACUCUACCACCUUCCCUCCACAUACACCCUUACUCACUCUACCCGCCAUAACUUCUCUUCUCGCGCCCAUUGACAGACAAGACGCUGAGAGAGACACACCAAGAGAUUGCCACGCACUCCGAACACCAUCUACCAUCCACUACACCGCGCGCCCGCGCCCAAACCGACAGGCUCAUCGCCAUCCACCACCAGAGACACACCCACCACCUCCCACGACUCUCCCACAACCCCACAACCCCACGCCCUCCCAACCCCCACAGCCAGCCCAUCGCCCACCUCGACCCGCCACGUCGGCCAGCACACACCUCCGAGCCAACCUCGCUGCGCCGCGCGCGCGAGACUGAGGAUCGAGGAGCUGAGCCGCCGCGGCGACGGCAGCCAUGGCCAUGGACGCCGCGUGCAAUGUGUUGUAUUUGGACCGCUCGGCGCGCCAGGAGCGGAUGGUGCGGAGGGGCGAGGCGAUAGCGGAGGAGGCGAGGGCAGGGGAUGAUGCGGAGGCGAAUGAGGGCGCCAGGAGGCUGCAGGUUAAUGUGCUGACGCUGUUGGAGACGUUUAGUAAAGUUUAUGUGUGUCCGACUGGAUUGAGUUGCCUGGCGCGAAUUGCGAGACUGAAUAAUGUGCCCACGGCGGGAUUGGUGCCUACGCUGGUGCUGAUUGAUAUACCCGAGGACGACGACGAGAAUGAGCGCAGGAGGUCACUACCAUGGCACGAUGCCGGUAUACUUCCCGAGUCUAGCCCUCCGAGCAUAUAUGGCUCGCAACUACUACGGCAAAUAGUUGCGGACGUGAAGGAGAUAGGGGUGGCAAGCAUGGUGCUUCCAGUUGCUGUGAUACGGAGGCGCAUAGAAACACCCACCAGCACGCCCAGGCCCAGCACACCUAUACGAACUAUACAAAAUACACAAGCAAGCCACCCGCGGCCGCUUCCGAUGGAAGUUUCAUCGAUGGAGCUACCGCCGGAUCAAGCAUCCUUCAUGAAGUACAUCGACCUUGGGGCUGUAGAUGUCCUGGAAAACCCGAUUCGCCGGGAGUCGCUUCCCAGCCUCGCCAUCCACGUCUACCGCGUGCACAAGCAGUUCCUACAGCGUGGGGAGCAUUUCACGGCUCCUACCCAAAAGCAUCAAAGCUCUUGGCCUGGCGUUGCGACACCAGAGCCAUUCGCCUACAUGCGCGAGGUGAUGGUUUGUGACCUCGCGGGUCAGAUUUGUGGCACGAUUGUGGAUCAUCCCCUCGAUCCGGUGGUAAUGAAUGUUAGCAAUGCGCGGAAACGAGCUGUGGUCAAAGGUAUAUCGGAAUGGGGUUUCUCAGCCCACGAACUUUCAGAGGAUGAAUUGCUGUUCGCCACCGUGACGAUGCUGGAGCAUUCGUUGCAGAUAGACGGAAUGGAUGAGUUGCGGUUACCCAGAGAUAAGCUGAUCAACUUCGUCGCCACCAGCCGUAACGGAUACAAUGCCUUUGUGCCAUAUCAUAACUUUAAGCAUGUUGUCGACGUUCUGCAAGCCGUCUUCCAUCUCCUUGUGCGAAUCGGUACUUUGCCACCAUUCCCUCGGGGCGCGCAAGUAGAGACGGAGCCCACAACGAGGUUGGUGGGCAUGCUAAGGCCGUUUGAGGCGCUAACUCUCCUGAUUGCUGCAAUUGGUCACGAUAUUGGGCAUCUAGGCGUCAACAAUAUGUUCCUUGUCAAGAUCAACUCCCCUCUUGCGCGUUUGUUCAAUGACAAAUCGGUCCUUGAAUCAUACCAUGCGGCGGUUUACUGCCAUAUGCUGAAGAGGCUUUGGCCCGCUGUUGUCGAGAAUGAGGAAAUGAAGGGGCUGCUGAUCAGCUGCAUCCUGUCAACGGAUAUGGGGAUCCAUAGCGUGUAUAUGGAGAAGUUGACGUUUCUGCAAAAGGCCAUGGAAAACCUGAGCGAUGCUGAGCCGGUGGGCGAGAAGGAACUCAAAAUAUACCGCGAUAUAGCGUGUAAUAUGCUGAUCAAAUGUGCUGACAUCUCGAAUGUGGCACGCCCCUACGACUGCGCUGCCGUAUGGACCGACAUCCUGACGACGGAGUUCCAGCGCCAAGCCGACAUGGAGGACCAGAUCAAUCUCCCCUCGACCCUCUUCUCCCCGCCUGCCCGUGAGAUGAUCGGCCUCGCUAAAAGCCAAACCAGCUUUAUGUCAUUCUAUGCGCUCCCGCUCUUCAGGGGCCUCGAAGAGCUCAUGCCCACGUUGGACUUUUGCGCCUUGGGGAUAGACCGCAACUUCGCAGAGUGGACGUCGAAGUCGGAGAAGGCGAAGCAGCAGCUUGCCCUAGAGUCUGGUAGGAACAGGGAGGGCAGCAAUGAUAGCGUCGACAGCAACAACCCACCAGUCUCAGAGAGCAGCGCUGCGGGGGCGGCGAGAGGUUCGCGUCGUUCGGGCGGGUUACGGGGAGGCAGUGGGGCCGCUUUGGGUGAUCUGUCGAGGGGCAGUGCGAGUACCCACCCCAGUGAUAUAGACGGUAUCGACGCGCCGCCGCCGCUGUCUCGAGGCCAGCCACCGCAAUACAGCAGCAGACCCAACUCGCGUCCCGUGACCUGGGACGAAGCCAGCGCCAGCUCCCGCCCCGCGACGAGCUCGAGCGCACGCCGCGCCCUCGGGAUGCCCGACGCUGUUGGCGGCCAGGUGAUGACGCACCGCCGCAGCGAGACGACGGACGGGAGCGCCAGCGUGCCGGAUAGCGGGGGGUGGGAGGGCAGCGCGCGGACGGCCGAUAGCGGGAAGUCGGAGGAGAAGGCGGAGUGUAUGAGCACGGCGCGGACGAGCGUUGAGAGCUCCUCCGGGAUGCGGGGGUUGAAUGGGGUGAACGGCGCUGGCGCGAAGAGGAAGAGCCUCGUGGGUAGCAUGUCGACGCCGGAUCUGCGCUCGGAUUCGAAGGGGAGGAUGAGGCGCGUUGAUGAUGCGGGGAGGAGGGAGCGCGGCCAACGCAGGAAGGGGGAGAAGGGCGGCGACAACAACGGCGUGUUUGCGUCUAUGCGAGAGCUGACGAGGCGGCCGAGCCUGGGGAAGUUUAAGUUCUGGAAGAAGAGGGGGGAGGUGGUGGGGGGGUUUGGGGGGAGGGAGAUGCAGGUGCAGCCGCAGAUGCCGAAUGUGAUGGGGAGGAGGGGGAGAGAGGGGGGGGUGUCGGUUGGCUGA